AUGUGCGCCAAUAUCCCCGAAUUCGACUCUUUUUACGAAAAUGAAAAUAUAAAUUACAACUUGGAAUCAUUCGCACCUUUAAAUUGUGAUGUUAAUUCGCCCUUUCUCCCCAUUAAUAACAAUGACAUCAACGUUAAUGCUUAUGGUGACGAAAAUUUAACGUACUCCAACUUUUUACUGUCUUAUAACGAUAAGCUGGCUACUACAACUGCUAAAAACAAUAGCAUUAAUAAUAGUAAUAGUAAUAAUAAUAGUAAUAAUAAUAAAAAUAAUAAUAAUAAUCAUAAUAAUAAUAAUCUACUCGGUAAUGACAUCAGUCAGAUGGCCUUUUUACUCGAUUACCCUUCUACUCUCAACGAACCGCAAUUUGCCGUAAAUUGUAAAGACAUUUACAGAAAGGAUAUAUCAACGCCUUCGUCAUUAGUUUCGAGUCUGCCACCUGCAAAGUUUUCGUUAUCCCUAUCGAAUUCGCCUUCUCCGCCACCACCAUCGUCGUCCUCUUUGAAACAUGGGGAAGCAAUAAUUUCUAAUACCAGCGAAAGCAGUGACAUAUUUGCCGAUCCUAAUUCGUUUGAAAAGGAUACUAUGCCCCUAACGCAAGAACUGACGCUAGAAAAUCUAAAUAAUCAAUUAAACUAUCCCGAUUUCACGAUAAACGCCAUCGAGCAGGAUCCUGCCCCUUCGUCUUUUUCAUCCUCAUCUUCGUCUUCGGAGUCAACGGUCUCUUCCAGCAGGAAGAGGAAGCCCUGUCAUGAUUCCUACACACAUUCUUCACCCUCUUCCUCAGAGUCUAAGAAAAUUUCCGACUCGAGAUUAUCCGCCGAAGGUUUAGCCAAAGUGCUUAAUUUAGAAUCCCCCGAAGAAGCUUUAAAAAGAGAACGCUUUAUAUUGGGUAUUUUCCAGAAUGAAUUAAAUUACCCGCUAGGUUACAAAACGUGGAUUAGGGAUACUACAAAAGAAUAUAGGACAAAGUUAAUCAAUCAACUGCACGAACGAGUAAAGGUAAAGUACCCCGAAUACAACCAGUCCAUACUGGAAACAAUAAUUAGACGAGGCACCUACUACAUGAUGCAGAGUAGGUUAAGAAGAGAGAGGAGAAUGAAGCUUAAGGAACGUAAAAGAACAACCUAA